AUCCUCACCUCCCCAUUACUCGCUCUCUCUCUCUCACUAACUCUUCUCUCACUUCACUCUUUCUCUCUCUAACUCAAUCUCUACAAAGAGCAAGAAAAUCCAUGGCUGAUCAAAGCACAAACCCAUCAAUCAUGGAGUCCAAAACCCCACACCCACUUCACCAAAUCGCCGAAACACCAACCCACAAGCUUCUUCUCAAGCAAUGGCUCAAGGAAGAAGAACUAAUCCUCGGAAGAGUCUCACUCAAAGAGACCCAGAUCGACUCUGUUCGCAAGGAGAUCACGAUGCUCUACAUCUUCUUCUUCCUCUUCCACUCCACCGCUCUAAUCCUACUCUUCAACGCAUCUUCGAGGGAUCCACAUGGAGUUGCCUGCCAUAGAUCAUGGAUUCCAUCUCUCUGCUCGCUUUUGUUCUCCCUGGGAAUCAUCUGGGCCGUACGGUACAAGACAGACAUGGAGGUCCACUUGGAGAAGCUUUUGGAGAGAGAGAAAGAGGAUGGGAUAUUGCUGGCUAAGUGUGUUGAGGAGUUGAAGAAGAAAGGUGUUGAAUUUGAUCUGAUGAAGGAGGUUGAUGCGCUUAGGAGGGCUAAGAGCAUGAGAAUGGAAGCAAAAGCUGUGAGGAAAUGGUCUGCUAGAGACUUUGUCACUUUGUUUUUCUUCACUGUUUCUUGCUUUGUUCUAGCCAUUACAAGGGUUAUUUUGUGUAAUUAGGAUUUUUUUUUUCUCAGAUGGGGUAUUCUUGGAAAAUGGAAUUUGGAUUUUGGGUAUAUGAUUCUGACUGAAGAAGAUUAGUUGUGGGGAUUUGGAUUAGAACACUUUUUUGGAUUCAAUGGCUUUUUUGUUUUUGCUGUUUAAGUCUUGGGUGGUGGAAUCGGAACCCAAUGCAGAAUAUUUUGUUCUGCUUUUUGUAAAAUGAAGAAAGUUCUUCAAAUUAUAUUACUAAUAAAUUUGUUGGCAUUUUGAAUCUUCUUUU